UUAUAUAUAAAGGAAAUCACUAAAAUUAUGUUCUUAUUAUGGAUUCAAAAAUGUCUAUGGAAAAAGAAACAAAUGGGAAUGGAAAUUCUUUUCUCAACAAGCAUGCUUGUGCUUGCGUUUUGGCUGCUACUAUUAUCUCUGCAAUAUUUGGUUACAAAGACGUAAAUCUUACCACUCAGCUGACACCUCAUGGACGUGUACAAAGGGAGUAAUACAAAUUAAUCAACAUGGAAUUAUUAGCUUAUGAAUUUUUCAUAAACUAGUUAAAAAAAACGAACUAACAAACAUUAUAAUUUUUCAGUUACAGGAGUAAUGGCUGGAGCACUCUUAUUCAUAAAGGAAGAACUUGAAAUCACUGACAUGCAAGUGCAACUUCUAGCAGGAAUCUUAAACAUUUGUGCAUUACCUGCAUGCAUGGUAGCUGGAAGAACUUCCGAUUACAUAGGUCGCCGAUACACCAUCAUUUUAUCCGCGAUAAUCUUCUUCUUAGGCUCAAUCUUAAUGGGCUAUGGAUCAAAUUUUCCAAUCUUAAUGAUUGGAAGAUGCAUUGCAGGAUUCGGUGUAGGGUUUGCACUUAUUAUAACACCAGUUUAUAGUGCAGAAAUUUCAUCUCCUUCUUAUAGAGGCUUUCUAACUUCUCUCCCAGAUGUUUCCAUCAACACAGGUUUCUUAUUUGGUUAUGUCUCAAAUUAUUUCCUUGGAAAAUUGUCUUUAAGACUUGGAUGGAGAAUAAUGCUAGCAAUUCCUGCAAUUCCUUCACUUGGAUUGAUAAUUCUAAUGUUGAAACUAGUAGAAUCUCCGAGAUGGUUAGUCUUGCAAGGACGUUUAGAUGAUGCUAGAAAAGUUCUUUUACUAAUCUCCAAUUCAAAAGAGGAAGCUGAACAAAGGUUGAAGGAAAUAAAAGCCGCUGUUGGAAUCGAUGAAAAUUGCAUGCAAAGCAUUGUUCAUGUUCCACAGAAAACUCGAAAUGGUGGAGGAGCUUUAAAGGAAAUGUUUCAUAAGCCUUCACCACAUGUGUAUAAGAUACUAUUUGCAGCUAUUGGUGUUCAUGUGUUUCAACAAAUUUGCGGAAUUGAAGGUAUUUUGUUAUAUAGUCCAAGAGUUUUUGAGAGAGUAGGAAUCACUGAAAAGAGUACACUUCUUUUAGCGACGGUUGGGAUCGGAAUAAGCCAAACAUUAUUCACAUUGUUAUCAAGUUUGUUGUUGGAUAGAAUUGGGAGAAGGACACUAUUGUUGUUUAGUUCAGGAGGUGUGGUUGUGACUUGGUUAGGGUUGAGUAUUUCUUCAGCUAUAGUUGAAAGUUCUAAAGUAGGAGAAGAACCAUUAUGGGCUAUUGUUUUUAUUGUUGUUGUUAUGUACAUUUUGGUGGCUUUUGUUGCAAUUGGAAUUGGACCUGUGACAUGGGUUUAUAGCUCUGAGAUAUUUCCACUAAGGUUGAGAGCACAAGGUUUAGGGGUUUGUGUGGCUGUGAAUAGAGUUAUGAAUGUGGCAGUGGUUACAAGUUUUAUUUCAAUUUAUAAGACCAUAACAUUGGGGGGCACUUUCUUUAUGCUUGUGGGGAUUAAUGCUUUGGCUUGGUGGUUUUACUAUUCUUUCUUGCCUGAAACCAAAGGAAGAUCAUUGGAAGAUAUGGAAGCUAUCUUUGGGAAAGAAUCUAAGAGUGAGGUGCAAAUGAAGCAACAAUGCAUAGUUUGAGAUAAAGACUCUUUUUUAAGUUUGAAAUAAAUAUAUAAGGUAGGAGGAUGUCGCAUUUUAGGUAUGAGGAAAUCGGUCGCCCUAGUAUGAGGCAGGAAAAACAUUUGACCUCGAUGAGAUCGUAAUACAUUUACCUCGAUUUAAAUUGACUAAUGCGAACUUGAUCAUGUAAUAUGUCAUGUACAAACCUAAUUGAAGGCUCUUUGUAUCUAGCUUAUCUUUAAAGAGAAUAAGUGCAAACAAUGUUACAAUUAGUUUAAUUUAAAUUAAUUAAAUUGUGGCUCAUCUUCUUA